GCGCUUAAGACAUUUUGCGGUUAUGUCCUCUCUCUCCCAAGUUUCUCUCCGUUUAACCGUUUAAAAACACAUCGACGAAUAACACGCCAGACUUUCCCUCCAUCUGUUCCUUGUUGUCGCGGUAGUAGACAGUAAUAGAUGCUCUCGUACCUGUGUUCAGUGUUCCCGCCAAAGUUGGUCUAACCGGUCUAACGAUCAACGAUCGCUCAUCAGAACUGUCAAUUGUGUCAGUAGUGUCACUGUCAUGGAUAGUGGCGACGAAUAGUGGUGUAGCGUAUGCAGAGGGCAAAGUGGUGUACAAAUUAUUAAUAUAAGCAAAUUAAGUUUGCCUCUCUCAUUUAUCCUCUUAACCUCCUACAUAAAUUCUCUCUUUUCAAUAUUCAACGUCGUCCGUUAAGUUCAUCGUUAUCGCCUUCAUUCAGUGGCCCAGUGGUCCAGAACUGUACAUUAUCUCUCUUUCACCUAAUAACUUUAUUCCGUUAGACAUGUCCAUCAAAGUGAAGACCAUAGAUGGGAAGAAGAAAAUAUCGGUCAAGAUCAACAAACUCACUACGGUGGAAAAUUUAAAGGAUGAAGUUGAAAAACAGCUGCAUAUUGAAAAGGACUUGCAACGGUUAUUUUUUUCCGGGAAGCAAUUAGAAAAUGGCUACCACCUUGAUAAUUACAAUAUCAACUUCAAUGAUAUCAUAUUGCUUAUGAUAAAGACAGAGGUAGAUAAUGUUGAGAAACAAGUAACUUCUACCAAUGAAGAAAGUACCAAAGAAGAAAAAGUGAGUGAGGUAGAAGAAGAAGAAUUGGAAGAAGCUGAAAGUUUAUAUUAUAAAAUUGGUGAUGCAGUUGAUUGUAUUGAUGAAAGAACUGGUUCCUGGUUUGAAGCUAUUAUAAAAAAUAUUUAUAAAAAGGGAGAUGAACUGCUUUAUAAAAUACUAUGGGAGUGUGAUAACGUAAUCUGUCCAUCCAACAUAUCUGAAGAAUUUGUACGACCACGCGCGCGACAUGUUAUACCGUUUGAAGAAUUAUCUGUUGGUCAAAAAGUUAUGAUUAAUUAUGAUAUAGAUAGUCCCGAUAAAAUUGGACUGUGGUUCGAUUUCACUAUAAUUGAUGUAGUGGAAAAGAGACGAUUGAAAGAGCUGGUUGGACAAUUGCAUAUCAACAGCAACAAUGAACUUUGCAUUCGAAAGAAAGUCAGAGAAGAAAUAUAUGCGAUAGAAGCACCCAAGUUGUUAACAGAGAGAACUGCAGAAGACGAGCGAUUCAUGAUAAGUAAUGGCAAAUAUAGACGUGUAGCCCCUGCUUGUGACGAGUGCGAGGACAAUCCUGAUAUGCAGUGUCGAUCAUGCGGCUGUACAAGCUGUGCAGGCAAGGAGGACGAGGAUACGCUUUUGAUUUGCGACGAGUGCAAUGAUAUGUAUCAUACAAAAUGUCUGAAUCCACCGCUCCUGGAAUUGCCAAAGGAAGCGUAUUGGUAUUGCCCUGAAUGCAAGAAUGAUGAAAAUGAAAUUGUCAAGGCAGGAGACAAAUUGAAGCAAACAAAAAAGAAGUUAGUCCGUGACAAAAAUGAACGAAAUUGGGGUGGCGGAAUGGCGUGUGUCCGGAGACAAAAAGUGUGCUACUUGGUACCCGAAAAUCAUUGCGGACCAAUUCCGGGUGUGGACGUUGGUACGACUUGGAUGUUUAGAAUUCAGGUUUCGGAAGCGGGAGUGCAUAGACCGCCCGUAGCUGGCAUCCAUGGACGAGAAAAGGAUUUUGCAUAUUCUAUUGUUUUAUCGGGCGGAUACGAGGAGGACUAUGACAAUGGUGAUGAAUUUUUAUACAGCGGUUCGGGUGGUAGAGAUCUGUCAGGUAACAAAAGAACCAACCACGAACAAAGCAAGGACCAGACACUAACCCGGAUGAAUUUGGCAUUAGCUAAGAAUUGUAAUGCUUCUGUAAAUGAUAAAAUUGGCGCGGCGGCCACUAAAAGCAAUUGGAUGCUAGGGAAACCAGUUCGAGUCGUGCGCAAUUACAAGUUAGGGAAAUUUAGUAAAUAUGCACCAAAGGAAGGGAAUAGAUACGAUGGUAUAUAUAAAGUGGUAAAAUAUUACCCGGACACAAGCAACGGCUUUAUCAUGUGGAAGUAUGUAUUAAGAAGAGAUGAUCCCACUCCUGCACCAUGGACCAAAGAAGGAAAAGAGAGAAUCGCUUUUCUUGGUUUGAAGAUGUUGUAUCCUGAUGGAUAUCUCGAUUCAGUAAAGACAUCGAAUUCAGUCACAGCUAAGAAACGACCUGCUAUCGAUGACGAACAGUCACUGGACAAUAUAGCCAGUAAGAAGUCUAGGAGGUCUAAGCAACUUAAGCAAACUUUUGAUUUGGAGGAUGAAUUAAAGAGUUUAAUAGAAGACGAUGAAGUAAAUGCAAAUUUGUGGGCCGAAUGUAGAGCAACGUUGAUCGAUGGGAAACCUGCCUUCUUGGAGUGUGUUUCAGAGAGAUUUAAGUGCGUUUGCUGCCUUGGAAUACUUUACGAUCCUGUAACGACUACCUGCGGACACAACAUCUGCUUAAAAUGUUUAAAACGGAGCUUUGCUUCUGAGAUUUACUUCUGUCCUAUAUGUCGGCAUUAUUUAGGUAAAACUUACGAUAUGAAAAUUAAUCAGACGUUGUCAUCUGCGUUAUUACUAAUUUAUCCUGGCUACAAGGGCGAACAGUAAUGUCAUCUUCGAUUACACACAAUCCAGAUCGUAUAUUCAGACUCGGAAUUGGUUGGAAUGUACGAUCUGGAGUGUGCGCAAUAUUUUUGAGAAGAUUUUUCAUCUAUGAAUAAAUCCCCCUAUUAACCCACACUGAUAGGCCAGCGUGAUAGGGAAAUAGUUAAAUUCCUCUAACUUUGAUACGUUAAGAGAGGCUCAUAUUUAGGGACAAAAAAAGGGCUGUCGAUAAUGAGUAAAUUGACAUUUCUAAUUUGGAAAUAAUAUUUUUUAUAUAAUAUAUAAUAUGUACACAAUAUGGCUGCGAUCUGAUUUACGCUCACAGUGCUCGUGAGCAUCAUUUGUCUUUAUUUAAUAUUCGAUUAACAAGGAUAAAAUGAUUCCAAAAGCGUUGUGAGAAUGAAUCGGAUCGCAGCCUAUGUAUAACUCUGACGUAGCUCUUUGCAAAUCGUAAAACAUUAUCAAUUAUUUUAAAUCAGAAUUUAAAAUACUGCACAAUGCGAAUUAUAUUCGAGCAGAAUAAAUAAUAAAUUAAUUAGUUAAAUGUUUUAUGUACGGAAUGUAGUACACCUGGAGAUUCGUCGUUUUUGAGAAUAUUUUUGGUUUAUAAAUAAAUUGGCAAUUUUAAUUUGGAAAUUAUAU